AUGGUCGACCGCUUCUUACCAGAAACGUUCCGACGCCUGCUCACCUGGACAUCGUCAAUAACGGGCAAGAUGUCGACGCAUACAGCCCACGCUACACAUCAUCUCUUCGUCCCUAGCCCCAAUGCACAACCUCUGCCCAUCUGGGCCGCUGUGGUUCCGCCACUGACCUACUACCUCGCACUUUACCUAUUACCGCCUCUCUCGUCCAAGUCGUUCUCUCGUUCCAUCCGCAGCAUCGCCUCGGUCGCCAGGACAGUGCUGGCAGCUGUCUCGCUAUACACAUUUGCAUCGCUACCAUUCAAGCACUACUACCCCGGCAGCGCGGUGCUUACCUACCAACUCGGUCUUGUUGGAUUCUACGGCGCAUCACGUGUGCUCGACAUCUUCUUCCUGUCAUACCCACGAAUCCCUCGGCGCAUCUUAAUCGCCGCGGCCGCCAAAAGCUCGGAAGGAAAGGGACCAAAUAUCAUCCACCCGUACACAUCUGCUCGCAAUGAAGAGUGGAAGACCGAGCCUCUUCCCAAGAAGCUCGUCUCGUUUGAACGCGCAUGGUGGGCGCUCGACCUCAUGAUCAGCAUGCGCGGUAUCGGAUGGGAUUUCGCCUCCGCCGAUGUACGGCACGAUUCGCAUCCCUGGCAACCACCUAGCUCGGCUCAGCUCCGUAGGGCUUGCUUCAAGCUUUUGCCAAUCCUUGUCGGAUGUACAUGGAUCAUCCAUCACAUGCACCCAAAGCACAUGUCGACGGUGAACCCUUCUAUUUUGGAUCUGGAUCCGGCCAGAAGGAUUCUCUUUGUCGCAGCUACUGGUAUCUCACUGUAUACGCUGUUCGAUUUUGGAUACACUCUGACGAGCGCGGUUGCGCUGCCGAUUCUGCACGAUGCUGCAGAACCCGUAUCACGUCUGCGAUCCAAAGCUGCUGACAAGGUGCUCGACGUCAAGGGCGAUCGAGUAAAGCAGCUACGAAACGGAAAGCAGGUGGGUGAGGAGUCCGAGAUUGAUACCGACAACGAAGACGACUCUCCCGCGGCCCUGCAAGCACGGACACUUCAACACGAGCAGCUGUCGUUGCGAAACAUCGACUUCUUCCCACUGCUGAACCCUGCUGGUUUUGCAAAGGCGACUACGGUAAGACGCUUCUGGAGCUACGCAUGGCAUCGACUUUUCGGUCGACCGUUUGGUGUAUACGGCAUCCUGCCAUUCACGUACGUCGCCUACCUGAUGCAGGAUGUGUUGGAGGGCAAGUUCAACGACCCAAAACGCAAGCAGGCGAGAAGGGAGAUCUGGCCCUCGUACCAUCCCGAUCCCAUGCGUGCGUUAGAGCGCGGUCGAGCAGACUGGGCCAAGGUGCUCGGUGCUUUCACCGCAUCCGGCAUCAUCCACGCUGUAUCCGAACGUGCUGCCCUGGGCGGAAGAAUUGCCCUACCUGUCACCAACAUGUGGCUCGCAAGAGACCAUGCCAAAGGUAUGGGGCACGAGCUCCGCAAUCCUUCCAUCGCAAGAACUGGGAUUUUCAAUUUCAGCCCGCUGCAAGUGGUGCCACCUGUCUCUGGCGCAGGCGAGUUCAGCUUCUUCUUCUUGAACGGCUUGGCUGUCGUUGUGGAAGGUGCGGUUGCAAAGUACGUGGAACAGCACAGAAGGGGGAGGAGCAAGGACGGAAAGUACUACAGCAUGUGGUACGACCAAUACAUUUCAGUUGCGUGGACGCUGUCGGUUUUGCUGUUUACGGGCCAGGCGUUCGUGGAAGGUUGGAUUCGAAGCGGUAUCAGCAAGGAGAUCGGUCUCGUCAUGAGCUGA